AUGGCCACUUUGCUCCCUUCACCACUUGCACCAGAACCCUCGCCGUCGGGAAACUACUCCUCCCCACCUGUGACCAUAAUCCUCACUGUCAUUCUCCUUAUUUUCUUCUUUGUGGGUUUCUUCUCUAUAUACUUCUGCAGGUGUUUCUUGGAACAUUUAAUCUACAAUUGGUAUCUCCGGCAUACCCCUUCUGGCACUCCGGUCGGCCACUUAAGUUCCGGUGGCCGCCACGGCCUUGAUCCAUCCAUCAUCCAGACUUUCCCAACGUUCACGUAUUCGAGUGUCAAAGAUCUUAGAAAGGAAAAGUAUGGCCUAGAAUGUGCCAUUUGCUUAGUAGAGUUUGCAGAUGAUAGUGUCCUUCGCCUUUUGACAACAUGUUGCCAUGUGUUUCAUCAAGAGUGCAUUGAUCUCUGGCUUGAAUCCCACAAAUCUUGUCCGGUUUGUCGGAGGAGCCUCGACACACCCUCGAAAUCUCCGGAAAUGUCUCAGACAACGCCUGUACUUAACGCCAUGCAUGACAUUAAUGAAAACGAAUCAAUAGAAGAUACUUUUAGCAUUAACAUUAGGGACGACGAUGAAGAAGAGAAAGAUGGGACCGGUGAGGGACACGAAGCCGGUACUGCAGCCACGGACGAACGGAUGGAAGAACACGGUGUGGUAGAAAGAUUUUCGAGGUCACACUCGACCGGGCAUUCGAUAGUUAGGCCUAGAAAAGAUGAAGAUAGGUUUACAUUAAUAUUACCAGAACAUCUGCAAGCAAAACUUUUAAGGGGACAUCACUGGACUAAGAGUUGCACCACCUUUGGGGAGUUCAAGAGCAAAACUUCCACCGGUGGCUUUGGCGAGGUGUCAGGGUUUUCCGGGGGAGACAUCAAUAGAGUAUAA